CUCCUAUUGUCAUAUGCCAGACUAUGAUGUUGUAUCCGUAGGUUGUGCGCCCGUAGCUUCCACCAUAAGUGGAAAAUGUGAACCUUGAGUAGCGAAUUGCGCAGCUCCAUUAGCGGCGCGAUCUGGCGGUGUAGUUCUCUCUGAGGCUACAUACAGCAUCAGCUCCGAACGCUCAAGUAGUAAUCUUUAUUUCGAGAAGAAGGAGCUUCGCAGUCAUAUCACACAUCAUGGAAAAUGAAAAUAACGUUAGGUGCGCGAUUUGCGAUGCCGGCCUCUCCACCAAACGUACUCUACUGGAACACCUUAACAUCCACAAUGGACGGCAGCCGCAUUCGUGCUACUACUGUGGUAAAUCGUUUACAUCAGCGUCUAACCUAUUUAAACAUAACAAGAUUCACACCGGCGAGAAACCUUUCGCAUGCGACCAAUGCGACAAAAGAUUCAUCUUGAAGAAGAAUCUUAUCGAGCAUCUUACAACGCACACCGGAGAAAAAGCAUUCAAGUGUGAAGUCUGCAAUACACCGUUCAGCCGACGAAGUAGUCUAGCCAGACACUUACGUAAACACACCGGAGAGAAAGAGUUCGUUUGCGACAUCUGUAACAAAACUUUCGCUUGGAAAAGAUACCUCACACGACACAUGCUCAUUCACACCGGCGAGAAACCUUUCGCAUGCGACCAAUGUGACAAAAGGUUCACCAGGAAGUGGAAUCUUAUGCAGCAUCGUAAAACACACACCGGAGAAAAAGCAUUUGCAUGCGACCAAUGCGACAAAAGGUACACCCACAAGUGGAAUCUUAUGGAGCAUCGUACAACACACACCGGAGAAAAAGCAUUCAAGUGUGAAUUCUGCGAUAAAUCGUUCACUCAACGAAGUAAACUAAACAGACAUUUACUAAUUCAUACCAGAGUAGAGAAAAAGUUCGUUUGCGACAUCUGUAACGAAACUUUCGCUCGGAAAAGUUACCUCAGACGACACAUGCCAAUUCACUUCAAUGGCAAGCCCAAAUGUGAAGCAGGCCCGAACCAAAAGUUGACUAAUCGUUAACCUUAUCAUUUUUUUCUUAUAUUUGUCAUGUUUUUUGUAUUAUUAACUAAUUGUAAGUAUAAUAAAUGUGAGUUUUCAAUGAUGUUUUCGUAAUAUUUAUAUUAAAAUAUAACCUCAAUUGGGUAUUGAGUAUCAUCGGAAAUUUAUAAAUGAUCAGCUUUUGAGUCAACUCGUUUGUUAACGAACUCGUCGUUCAA